AUGUCUAAGAGCACCGGCACCCUGCGGGACCUUCAGUUGGCUCUGCAGCUGAAGAUCGAGGAGCUCCGACAGAGAGACGCCCUCAUCGAUGAGCUGGAGCUGGAGCUGGACACUAAGGAUGAUCUGAUCAGACAGCUGCAGAUCGAGCUGGACAGGCAUCGCAACGCAUCACAGCAGGCAGCCAACUGUGUGGAGACAGCAAACACAGGAGCAGCAGUUCAGACUCCACCAGCAGCUGAUGAGCCUCAGCGCAUCAAGCGACAGGCCAUCUCAGCAGAGCCCACAGCGCUGGACCCCUCUCAGCUCACAGACGUUACACUCACCAGCUACUGCAAGACCAAGGAAUCCAGUGAGUUGAUCCAGAGGGCUUUGAUGGACAACGACUUCAUGAAACACCUGGAACACGGACAGAUCCUCACCAUCAUGGACUGUAUGUAUCCCACCAGCCUGGCCAAGAGCUGCUGUGUGAUCCAGGAGGGAGAUGACGGAUCGACGGUCUACGUUCUGGAGGAGGGAAUGGUCGAGGUGACGAAACAAGGAAACAAACUGUGCACCAUCGGUCCGGGGAAAGUGUUUGGAGAACUGGCCAUCCUGUACAACUGCACCCGCACAGCAACUGUAACAGCUCUGACUGACAUCAAGCUCUGGGCGAUUGAUCGACAGGGUUUCCAGACCAUCAUGAUGAGAACUGGUCUCAUCAAACACUCCCAGUACACAGACUUCCUGCGCAGCGUUCCCUCCUUUCAGACGUUAACCGAGGACGUUCUCAGUAAGCUGGCUGAUGUUUUAGAGGAGACUCAUUACAGCGACGGUGAUUACAUUAUCCGUCAGGGCGCCACCGGAGACACAUUCUUCAUCAUCAGUGAAGGCCAGGUGAAAGUCUCUCAGCAGAACUCAGCCAACGAGGAGCCGGUGAUGGUGAAGACUCUGAAUAAAGGCGACUGGUUCGGAGAGCAGGCGCUGAAAGGUGAGGACAUCCGCACAGCCAGUGUCACAGCUGUGGGAGACGUCACAUGUCUGGUCAUUGAUCGAGAGUCCUUCAAACACCUGAUUGGAGGACUGGAGGAAGUCAACAACAAGCAGUAUGACAGUGAUGAGGUCAAGGCUAAACGGCUGGCAGAGGCAGACUUCUUCUCCAGCGUGUCACUCAGUGAUUUCAACACCAUAUGCACUCUAGGGGUCGGAGGCUUCAGUCGUGUAGAGCUGGUUCAAUUGAAGAACGACUCCAAUCGAUCGUUUGCCCUCAAAGUGUUAAAGAAACGUCACAUUUUGGACACCAGCCAGCAGGGCCACAUCCUGUCGGAGCGCCGCAUCAUGAUGGAGGCUCACAGUCCGUUCAUCAUCAGGUUGUUUCGGACCUUCAGAGACUCCAAAUAUCUGUACAUGCUGCUGGAGGCUUGUCUCGGGGGAGAACUGUGGACGGUGCUGCGAGACAGGGGUUCGUUUGAUGACGGCAUCACGCGGUUCUACGCAGGCUGUGUGGUCGAGGCUCUGGCUUUCCUUCACUGCAGAGGAAUCAUCUACAGAGACCUCAAACCUGAAAACAUCAUCCUGGACUACCGAGGAUACGCCAAGCUGGUGGACUUUGGCUUUGCGAAGAAGGUUGGUCUGGGGAAGAAGACGUGGACGUUCUGUGGGACUCCUGAGUACGUCGCUCCUGAAGUCAUCCUGAACAAAGGCCACGACAGCUCGGCCGACUGCUGGUCUCUGGGAAUACUGGUGUUUGAGCUGCUCACUGGCAGCCCUCCGUUUUCAGGCUCUGACCCCAUGAAGACGUAUAACAUCAUCCUGAGAGGCAUCGACAUGAUCGAGUUUCCAAAGAAGAUCACCAAGAGCGGCGCUAACCUAAUCAAACGCCUCUGCAGGGACAAUCCCUCAGAGCGGCUGGGAAAUCAGAAAAACGGAGUGAAGGACAUCCAGAAACACAAGUGGUUUGAGGGUUUCAACUGGGACGGCCUCCGCCAGGGAACCGUAGACUCUCCGUUCACUCCCACGGUGGACGGGCCACUGGACAACAGCAACUUCGACUAUUUCCCAGAAGACAUGGAGGAACCUCCUCCUGAUGACGAGUCUGGUUGGGACGCUGAGUUUUAA